AUGGUGCUACCACUUUCAUUGCUACGUACUGCCCAAAAUCAUCCGAUGUUGAUUGAGUUGAAGAAUGGAGAAACAUACAAUGGUCAUUUACAAUCGUGUGAUUCUUGGAUGAAUAUCCAUUUGAGGGAUGUGAUCUUUACUUCAAAAGAUGGUGAUAAAUUCUUCAAAAUGCCUGAGGUUUAUAUCCGAGGAUCAACUGUCAAAUAUCUCCGCAUACCUGAAACGGUUGUGGAUCUUGUGAAGAACGAAGUUAACGAGGUUCGACGGCAACAAAAAGACCAACAGCGAGCACGCAAGCAGCUUGGAGCACGAGGAGGUGGAGCUGCUCGUGGCGGAAGGGGUGGCUAUCGUGGAAAAGGAAAGUAA